GCUUCCGCCUCACAGAGGGCUCCGCACCGAUUACAUCACUUCCGUAAACAAAGGGCGCUGCGGAGGCGCGAGUCCCAAGCUGGUGACCGGGACUCUUGCUGCAGCUGUAGCAGAGGCUUUGGACGCUCUCCGACCUUUUCCAGUUGAGGGAAAGGACAUAGCCUCUUCCUACGUUCCCUACUUAGGGCUUAUGAAGCUGCUGUUGAUGCAACAAAGAACUUGAAGCAAUGGAAGAGCGGAAAGCGAAAAGGAAGAGUCCCAAGUCUUUCAGUGCCCACUCUACUCAGGUUGUCAAUGCCAAAAAAAAUGCCAUCCCAGCUAGUAAGAGCACAGGCUUUUCAAAUCCCACGGCACAGUCAACGUCCCAGCGGCCAAAGUUAAAGAGAGUGGUGAAAGAAAAGAACAAGCCUCCAGGAGGAGAAGGGAAGGGGGCUCAGUCCACCCCCAUCCAGCACUCCUUCCUCACAGAUGUCUCCGAUGUCCAGGAGAUGGAGCGCGGGCUCCUCAGUCUGCUAAAUGAUUUCCACUCGGGGAAGCUGCAGGCGUUUGGAAAUGAAUGUUCCAUAGAACAGAUGGAACAUGUCCGGGGAAUGCAGGAGAAAUUAGCUCGCUUGAAUUUGGAGCUCUACGGGAAGUUAGAGGAACUUCCUGAGGAUAAGCGGAAAGCAGCCAGUGACGCCAACUUGGACAGGCUUCUGUCGGACGGAGCUGAAAAGCUGACUCAGCGACUAAAAGUACUCGCUGCUCUUGCAGAGGACCCAGAUUCUGUUCCCAGCACCCACAUGGCGGCCCUCAACCGUCUCUAGCUCCAGUUCCGGGGAUCUGAAGCCCUCUUCUGGCCUCUGAGGGCACCAAGCACACAAGUGGUACCAGGCACACAAGUGGUACACAUGCUAACAUGUGGGCAAAACACUCACACCCGUUAAAUAAAAAUAAAUCUUUAAAACCUUCUUUAGGCAGCUAGGAAGAUGGCUCAGUCAGCAAAGAUCUUGCUACACCAGCGUUAGGGCCUGAGUUCUUGCCAAAUCUGUGAGCUCCAGGUUUGGUGAGAGAUACUCUCUGAUAAAAGUAAGGUGGGGGACAAUUGAGGAAGACAGGAAACAUUGACCUUUGGCUUCCGUAUGUGCAGAUUGCACACACAGGAACUUAGGAAUCCACAAAACCUUUUUAGAAGAAAGGAAAAUAAAUAACUGACUUCAACGUAGCUUACCUUCAUUUUCAGCAGUGGUAAGAGUUUGUUUCUGAUGCUUUUCUUUUCUUUUUUUGAAUUAGUUUGAGGCAAUUGUCCA